CUUGUGACUGCUGAUAAUGAAGCAGUUGCAAGAGAUUGCCCUUCACUCUCUGGCCCGGCGAUCAUUCCCCGGAUUCCCCAGAUUCCCCCCGCAAAUCCAUGCGCAAUUAAUUAUCUGCAUGGAAUUGAUAUUUCGGUGCUUUCAUGCCGAGAUAUUGGCAGGGCUUUCAUAAACUUAAACCUAAUAAUUCGGAGCUGGCCCGAGAGAUCCCCCGCGAUAUGCCACUAAGCCUCAUUAGCCAGCAAUCCUAGGACACCAAUAGUGUCACUGGGUAUUGUUUAUAACAGUGUACCUGCAUGUUGAUUUGAUCAAACUGCUGUUGACCUCUGCGAUAAUAAGUCACGUUUAAUAACUAGUCGAGCAUAGCAUUUUCAUAACCCUCCACCUUAUUGCAAUCAACGAGAACUAGUCAAAAUGAGACUGCUUGCUUUCUCACUCUUACUCAUAUCGCCAGUGGCUGGUCUUGUACAGGAUGUCCCAAGCCUCAAUGCUGCGAUUCCCUAUGUUCCUUGGACCGAGGGCAUGAAGCGGAAGCCAUCUGACUUCAACCAUCCGGGCCUCUGGCAUUCUCACAACGAUCUCGAAGUCAUGAGAAACGGCGUUCUUAAAGGACUUGACCCAUGGAAAUCAGGUUACGAACAGUUUGCCAACAGCAGUUUUUCGCAAUCCUCCUACACGAUGAAGGGGCCAUAUGCUGUGAUUUCCCGCGGAUCCAUUAGCAACUACACCUCGUUUGCCAAUGACGCCCGUGCCGCUUACCAGAAUGCCAUUAUGUGGUAUAUCACCAAGGAUCAAGCCCAUUGGAAUCGCUCUACUACCAUUUUGGAUAGUUGGGGUACAAAUUUGACCAACAUCAUUGGAACCGACCGCUCACUGCUCAUCGGCAUUGAAGGGACCCUGUUUGCGAAUGCUGCUGAGAUCAUGCGAUGGGAGGGCGGUUGGACAGAGGUAGGGGCAAAGUGGCAGGGAGGCCAAGGGUUCAGUAUCCAGCUCUAUUGGUUGUUUCUUCGACAGAGCUUGAUCAUUGGCCAGGCCAACUACGGCAUCGCCUCGAUCAAAGCUUUGAUGGACUAUGCUGUAUAUCUCGAGGAUGUCUCAGCAUACAACUAUGCCAUAUGGUCUUGGAAGAACGACUGGUGCGCCGGUAUCGAUGCGACCAUCAAUUCCAAGACAGGACAGAACUCUGAGUCCGGCCGAGACCAGAGCCAUGUCAUGUCUGGUCUCGGUUGGCUUGCCCUUGCCGCGAGAACUUCCAAGACUCAAGGGUAUGACUUAUUCGGGUAUGGGAACAACUUACUUCUCAAAGGUGCAGAAUACGCAGCCAAAUACAACCUGAACGGAACAGUACCCUACGAUUCGAAAUGGCGCCGGUGCGAAUCAGUUUUGGUCGACGGUCCCUGGGAUGAAAUAUCGGAAUUCAACAGGGGCAUUGUUUAUGAAGCUUCAGGUGUAACAAAGAAAGCACCGGCAGUGUGGGAUCUCCUCUACUAUACAUCGGAAGCCAAGGGAUUGAACAAUCAGUGGACUGCGAAGGCCAAGGAAUCAUCCGAUGCUGCAGGUGGAGAGGUGGUGACUGGAGGUGACAUGCCUGGCUUCGGAGAUCUGCUCUGGGCUACAUCCAAGAAGUAGCUAGACUGUUACAAUAGCCCCGGA